AUGCCCGGCGAAGUCAUCGACCAGCCCAAUCCGCCUCCGCUACCAAGCCAGCUGCCCGACAGCGCCUUGGAGCUGGGCGUCAAGCCCGACAAGAAGCCUCUCGACAAGGCCGUGGCCCGGUCGCUGCGAGAUUUCCAGCGGGCAGCAUGCUACAUUGCGGGCUCCAUGAUCUUUCUCCGAGACAAUGUCCUGCUUGAAAGAGAGCUCACGCUCCAGCACGUAAAGCCAAGACUGCUGGGCCACUGGGGCACUUGCCCAGGUCUCAUCUUGGUCUGGGCCCAUCUUAACCUUCUCAUACGCAAGCACGAGCUGCAAGUCAUCUUCGUCAUCGGGCCUGGCCAUGGAGCGCCCGCCGCUCUGGCAGCCCUCUGGCUCGAGGGCUCUCUCCAGCGCUUUUACCCGAAUCGAUACCAGGUCAACGACACCGGCCUGCGCAACUUGAUCUCGGGCUUCUCCGUCCCGGGCGGCUUCCCCAGCCACAUCAAUCCCGAGGUUCCCGGCGCCAUCCACGAGGGAGGCGAGCUGGGUUACGCCCUCGGAGUCUCCUUUGGCGCCGUCAUGGACAACCCCGACCUGAUCGUGACGUGCGUCGUCGGCGACGGAGAAGCUGAGAGCGGGCCUACCGCGGCCGCGUGGCACUCCAUAAAGUACCUCGACCCGGCCGAGAGCGGCGCCGUCAUCCCCAUUCUGCACGUUAACGGCUUCAAGAUAUCCGAACGCACCAUUUUCGGGUGCAUGGACGACAAGGAACUCAUCACCCUUUUUUCCGGCUACGGCUAUCAGGUGUGCGUAGUCCAAGACUUGGCCGACAUCGACGCCGAGCUUUCCGGCGCCCUCGAGUGGGCUCUGCGCGAGAUCAAGGACAUACAGAAGGCUGCUCGUAGCGGCAGUCCUGUGGUCAAGCCGCGGUGGCCGAUGCUGGUCCUGAGAACACCCAAGGGCUGGACAGGGCCAAAAAGGGUCGACGGCGAGCUCAUCGAGGGCUCCUUUCGCGCCCACCAGAUUCCGGUGCCGAAAGCCAAUCAAGAGGAGAGCCAUCUAAAGAUGCUCAAGCACUGGCUCCAGAGCUACGAAAUUGACACGCUCCUUCGAGACGGCAAGCCUGUCGACAGCAUUCUCGACAUCUUGCCAAGAGACAACGAGAAGAGGCUCGGUCAAAUCAAAGCAGCCCGUGACGCUCGUCAGAAGCUGCAGGUGCCCGACUGGAAGCUGUUUGCGGUGGCCAAGGGACAAGUUGCCAGCAGCAUGAGCGAGACUGGCAAGUGGCUCGACAAGGUCACGGUGGACAACCCAAACAGCUUCCGCAUAUUUUCGCCCGACGAGCUCGAGAGCAACAAGCUCAACGCGGUGCUGAGAAACAGCGGUCGCAACUUUCAGUGGGAUCAAUUCUCGCGGGCUCAAGGCUAUACGCUGUCGGGCAGGACAGCCCUCUUUCCAACGUACGAGGCAUUUCUCGGCAUCAUCCACACCAUGAUGAUCCAGUACUCCAAGUUUAACAAGGUCGCGCGCAGCAUAGAGUGGAGGGGCGACCUCAGCUCCAUCAACUACAUCGAGACGAGCACAUGGGCCCGGCAGGAGCACAACGGCUUCUCCCAUCAGAACCCGUCCUUCAUUGGCGCCGUCCUGAACCUCAAGGCAGAGGCGGCUCGCGUCUACCUGCCGCCCGACGCCAACUGCUUCCUCAGCACGGCGCACCACUGCCUGCGGUCGACCAACUACGUCAACCUCAUGAUUGGGGCGAAGCAGCCGACGGCCGUCUACCUCUCGCCCGACGAGGCGGCUGAGCAUUGUCGCCGGGGCGCAUCCGUCUGGGCGUUUGCCUCGAGCGACGAGGCGGCGGCGGACCCGGACGUGGUGCUGGUCGGCAUCGGCGUCGAGGUGACGUUUGAGGUGGUCAAGGCGGCCGAGCUGCUGCGAGAGCUGAUGCCAAGUCUUCGCGUCCGCGUCGUCAACGUGACAGAUCUCCUCGUCCUCGCGGCCGAGUCGCGCCACCCUCACGCGCUGACGGGCGACGACUUUGACGCCCUCUUUACCAGUGACCGCCCCGUGUGCUUCAACUACCACGGCUACGCGACGGAGCUGCAGGGCAUCCUGUUUGGGCGCCCGGCCCUGGAGCGCAUGACGGUCGAGGGGUACAAGGAGGAGGGCAGCACGACGACGCCGCUCGACAUGAUGCUCGUCAACCGCGUCAGCCGGUUCGACGUCUCGAGGAGAGCGCUCAGGGCCGCGGCCAAGCACAGCCAUGGAGUGAGGGCCAACCUCGACGAUUUGUUGGGCCGGGUCGAUGCACAGACGAAGGAGGUUGCCGAGUACAUUGCGGCGAACGGCAAGGACCCCGAAUAUUUGUUUGAGAUGCCACGUUUCAAUCAGUAG